AACCAUCUUAUUUUUAGAAGUUAUUUUUUUUGAGAAAAUUCAGGGAGAAAUCAUGCCUAACUGGAGAGCUAUGAGUGGCGAGAAGAAUUGGGAGGGUUUAUUGAGUCCAUUGGACGAAGGCCUUCGAAACUACAUAAUUCACUACGGAGAAAUGGCUCAGGCGACUUACGAUGCCUAUGACUCCGAUGAAAGCUCCAAGACCGGCGGAAACAGCAAGUACCCCAUGGAUAAACUCUUCUCCGACGUUGGUUUAGCCAAAGGCCGUGCAAAUAAGAAAUACACCAUCACAAAGUUCUUGUACGCAACUGCCUCAGUCCCACUCUUCGACAAGGACACCAAUUGGAUGGGAUACGUCGCUGUUUCCACCGAUGAUGGCAAACGCGAACUAGGUCGGAGGGACAUCGUGAUCGCUUGGAGAGGAACAUCCGAGGAGAUCGAAUGGGUUACCGAUGCUAGCUUUUUCCUUCAACCGGCCCCUAUCAUAUUUGGAGAUGUUCAUGAUGAUAAACCCGAGGUUCAUCGCGGGUUUUAUUUAAUUUACACAUCAAACAAUCCCGAAUCAACGUUCAACAAGACGAGUGCUAGAGAUCAAGUUCUUGAAGAGGUAACCCGCCUCUUGGAGAUAUAUAAGAACGAGGAAGUUAGCAUAACCGUCACAGGUCAUAGCCUUGGAGCGGCUCUAGCGACCAUAAGUGCGAUCGACAUAGCGAAGAACAUGACUUCGAGGUCUCCCGUGACAGCGUUUGCGUUCGCCAGUCCCCGUGUUGGGAAUUCGGAGGUUAGGGAUUCGGCUUUAUCUAUUAACAACCUUAGAAUCCUAAGAAUAGAGAAUAAACCGGACGUGGUCCCAGAUGUUCCUAACUUGGGUUAUGCUAACGUGGGUCAAGUGCUGAUUAUGGACACUAGAAAGUCUAUGUUUUUGAAACAUAACUUGUUUGACUUUUUCUCAUCGGUUGGAAUGGCUCAUAACUUAGAGGUUUAUUUGCAUGGAGUUUCUGGAACAGUCGACGGAGGAGAAGGGUUUAAGAAAAAGGUAGACCGGGAUUUGUCGCUAAUUAACAAAUACGAUGAUUAUUUGAAAACUGAAUAUGGCAUACCGGGUUCUUGGUGGAACAAGACUGACAAGGCCGGUAUGGUUCAACAGGCUGAUGGGUCGUGGAAGCUCAUUAAGAUCAACGAUAAGACAAUAAUCAUUAGUCGCCUCUAAUUUCAACAAUUAAUGAUGCAACUAGGUAUAUUCUUUUAUUUCUAAAUAAAUCUAUAGAUAAUUUGAUAGUAUAUACUUGUUUAGAUUGUUUUAGGUGUUAAUUUACCAAUAAGUUCAUUCUUUAUUCUUUAU